GCAUUGUCCGUCUCCCGUUGGCGGCGCAUGCGCACUGCGCGGCACUGUCAGUGCGUCGUUGGGAAGAUGGCCGUCGUGGGGCCGCUGUUGUGGCUCUGCCUCGGGCUGGCGGCGGAGGCCCUCAUCGACUCAGAACGAGUCCUCCUUCGAGAAGUCCAAAGUCUGACACUGUAUUCUGGGCGAUAUACAAAUGGUCGGAGAUCAAGCCCUGUGCCCCAGCUGCAGUGUGUUGGUGGCACAGCUAGCUGCACUUCCUUCAUUCCACAAGUGGUGCAGUGUUACAAUAAAGGAUGGGAUGGCUAUGAUGUACAGUGGGAAUGCAAGGCGGAUAUGGACAUUGCUUAUCGAUUUGGAGCAGUCACAGUCAGUUGUGAAGGUUACAAUUAUCCAGAAGAUCCUUACAUUUUGAGGGGAUCCUGUGGCUUGGAAUAUGUUAUAGAUCUUACUAAGGAAGGUAUACGGAAGAAAAAAGAUAAUCCCGGAUACGUUCAUCAACCGCCGAAACAGGAAGAUCCCACAAUUGUCAACAAUCCAUCCGAUUUAAUGCUGUUACUCUUCCUAUUUUGUCUUGCUUAUUUGGUGUAUAGGACAUGUUUGAGAAACCAACAAAAUGAUAACCAGUCUUCCCCAAAAGACGAAGAUGUUAACAAUAAAGCAGGUCCUUCAAAAUGUCCACCACCUCCUGGCUUUAAACCGGAGUACACGGGAAGCACUGCAGAUGAAUGCCAUAAUGACAAUACCAAUCAGGGAUCUAAUGGCCAUCAAGCGAAAGGACAUAGUUCAGGACCAGGAUUUUCGAAUAACCAUGCCAAUCAAGGAUCUAAAGGACAUCAACCGGGAGGACAUAGUUCAGGACCAGGAUUUUGGACUGGAGUGGGAGCCGGUGGCUUCCUGGGGUACUUACUUGGCAGCAGAAGAUCUCAGCCAAGCAAUUCAUAUCAUCCAUUCUACAGGGGGAAUCCUGCACCUUACACAUAUAGAUCUCAGCCAAGCAAUUCAUAUCAUCCAUUCCACAGGGACAAUCCUGCACCUUACACACAACAAAGGCAGGAGACUAAUUGGAAACCUGAAGGAACAGGAAGCAGAACAGUGUCAGGAUUUGGUGGGACAAAAAGAAGAUAAGGAAAUUCGAAGUACAAGAGCAAUGCAAAUGUUUAACCAUUUAAAGGUUGCGGCUUCAGACGUACAGUUUAUUGUGAGGAUGCUGAAGAAAGCGAUACUUGCUUCAAUUCGCAAUUUUAACUUGCUACUGUAUUCAAUUUAUUUCAAUGACUAAGUUUGGAACCAGGAAACAAUUAGGGUAGAUUUCAAAAUCUGGAAGAUAUCCAUGUGUGUAUGAGUAUUUUUAAGUCAAGUGUGGGGCUCUAAUAAUCUGCAUCAAUUUGAAAUAAUUUCUAAAUUUUGCUUCCUUUAAAUUUAUAAUCUUGCAUUUAGCUGUAAAUAUUCCUUAUCAGUGAGACACAAUUAAAAUUUUCUGGUGGAUCGAAGUUGGAAGAAUAGAAGAAAAAAAUAAUUUGUUCAAACUAAUUAUUGUGAAUUAGUUCCAAAUCCAAUAUCUUAUAACUAAAUAUCUGUUGGGGCUGGAGAACAGCUAAUGGUUACCAAUAAGUUUGAUCCAGCAUUUAGCAGCAGGACCUGCUCCACAUUUAAUUCUACCACUCAAUGUAAAGUUAUGUGCACACUGGUUUUGUGGGGUUUAUCAUGGAUUUUGUUUCAAGUCCUAUUUGUUUUGCCAUUGACCUUGCUUUCAAGCAUUGUCAAUUUCCUUCUGCCCUAUAUGAAAGGCUACAAUUUGUCCAAGGGUCAUUGAUUGUCCUUGACUCGUUUCACUGUUUUGAAAUCUUAUGAUAUAGAAAAAAAAUGAGUUGUUAAUUAAAUAUCAGUCCUGUUAUCUUCUGCAUAAAAAUAAGUUGGUCUUUGUGCUAGGUAGGAUCUGAGGCAGGCAUUGUGAAAAAUAAAUUACUGUGAUUUAUUAUAAAAACAAGGCGCCUAUCUAAUUUGACCAUAACUUGGAAAUUAAAAAAAACUGCUGGAAAUCUGAAAGUACUAGAAGCACUCUGAGCAAGUGAGACAUUUCUGCUAGAAGUAUAAACAGUUAAUAUAUCAGCCCAUGCAUUUGUCAAUGGUUAGGAAAAUGAGAAAGGAAGUUAUUUUAAGUUUAGUAGAGGGUUAGAAACAUAGAAAAUAGGAGCAGGAAUAGGCCAUUCGGCCCUUCGAGCCUGCACCGCCAUUCAAUAUGAUCAUGGCUGAUCAUCCAACUCGGUAUCCUGUACCUGCCUUCUCUCCAUACCCCCUGAUCCCUUUAGCCACAAGGGCCACAUCUAACUCCCUCUUAAAUAUAGCCAAUGAACUAGCCUCAACUACCUUCUGUGGUAGAGAAUUCCACAGAUUCACCACUCUCUGUGUAAAAAAUUAUUUUCUCACCUCGGUCCUAAAUGACUUCCCCCUUAUCCUUAAACUGUGACCCCUUGUUCUGGACUUCUCCAACACCGGGAAUAAUCUUCCUGCAUCUAGCCUGUCCAACCCCUUAAGAAUUUUGUAAGUUUCUAUAAGAUCCCCCCUCAAUCUUCAAAAUUCUAGCGAGUACAAGCCGAGUCUAUCCAGUUUUUCUUCAUAUGAAAGUCCUGACAUCCCAGGAAUCAGUCUGGUGAACCUUCUCUGUACUCCUUCUAUGGCAAGAAUGUCUUUCCUCAGAUAAGGAGACCAAAACUACGCAAUAUUCCAGGUGUGGUCUCACCAAGACCCUGUAUAACUGCAGUAGAACCUCCCUGCUCUUAUACUCAAAUCAUUUUGCUAUGAAUGUUAAUAUACCAUUCGCUUUCUUUACUGCCUGCUGCACCUACAUGCCUACUUUCAAUGACUGGUGUACCAUGACACCCAGGUCUCGUUGCAUCUCCCCAUUUCCUAAUGGGCCACCAAUCAGAUAAUAGUCUACUUCACAUAACAUUUAUCCACAUUAUACUGCAUCUGCAUUUGCCAUGCAUUUGCCCACUCACCCAACCUAUCCAAGUCAUCCUUGCAGCCUCCUAGCAUCCUCCUCACAGCUAACACUGCCCCGCAGCUUCGCGUCAUCCGCAAACUUGGAGAUGUUGCAUUCAAUUCCCUCAUCCAGAUCAUUAAUAUAGUCACUGCCUGCCAUUCUGAAAAGGACCCAUUUACUCCUACUCUUUGCUUCCUGUCUGCCAGCCAGUUCUCUAUCCACAUACUGAACUCUAUCAAUACUGACCCCCCAUUACCGUGUGCUUUAAGUUUGCAUACUAAUCUCUUAUGUG